CAUGUAAAUGUGCCACUGACAGAGAGAACAACCCACACUGUGUCUUUCCUUCCCUCCUCUAUUCUCACAUAUCCAGAGAACACGGUGACACCACACCGGAUAGCCCUGCCAACCCCACCUGUUACACAACAUACCCAUUCUUGUCAAAACCCCACCUACUCAUCCUUUUAGUUAGGCAACAUCCUCAUUCAUGCCACAUGAACACACAUAUCAAAUACACUCCUACCCACCCCCGCAACUCUGACCAUCCUCACUCUCCUUUCCGUCUUCCUUUUUUAAUGCUCAAGAUGCUUCUUGUUCUUCACAAUCAGCAUAAGGUGAUUGUGAUAAUGAAGAAACCUUAUUGGUCCUCAUGUUUCUCUCUCCAUGUCUGAGACAGGCUCACUGUGUCUACCUGCUCUCUAGAGGUCAUUCUGUCACCCAGUGAGUGAGAGGGAUAGACGUGGAGGGAGGGGUAGAGACUGAUGAUUCAGAGAGAGGGAGACAGACGUCCUAGAAGGCGGGACAGAUAAAGGAUGAGUCACAGCAUAUGUAGUAGUAGAGGAUAAAAGGGUAGGAGUGAAUGGCAGGCAGAUUGUCCUCAGACGCAGGAAGGAGGACGAAAGCAUUUGACGUAGGAGGAAGAAGGACGAAAGCAUUUGACAAGUCAUGGAGGCUGUGGUGUGUCCAAUGGGUGGCAGCAGCAGCAGCAGGCUGUUUGGCACGUUGGCCCAGUCACUGAACAGCGCUCCUUUGGCCCAGCCUGACCCGUACCCAGAGGACAACCCAGACCAGGACCUGGCUGAGAUCGACCCAGACCAGCUGCUCCGAGAGUGCGAGGAGGCCCUGCAGAGGCGUCCAGCGCGGCCACAUCGGGAUCUGGUCUAUCCCAGCGGUGUGGUUCCCUGCCGCCACAAGCAUAAUCCAUCCAUACGGAUCAUGCAGUGGAAUAUACUCGCACAAGCUCUUGGUGAGGGAAAGGACGGGUUCAUCCGCUGUCCACUGGACGCUCUCAACUGGGAGGAAAGGAAGUACCUGAUCCUGGAGGAGAUCCUCACCUACAGCCCAGACAUCCUGUGCCUACAGGAAGUGGACCACUACUUUGACACUUUCCAGCCCAUCAUGGCCAGCCUCGGUUACCAUGGCACCUUCCUGGCCAAACCUUGGUCUCCCUGUCUAGAUGUUGAGCAGAAUAAUGGUCCUGAUGGCUGCGCUCUGUUUUACCGCCGCUCACGCUUCUCUCUCCAGUCCACUGCUCACCUGCGGCUGUCAGCCAUGAUGCUGCCCACCAACCAGGUAGCCAUCGUCCAGACACUGAACUGCCAGGUAACGGGCCAGAAGCUGUGCGUGGCCGUGACCCAUCUGAAAGCUCGUAGCGGCUGGGAGAGGCUGCGUAGUGCGCAGGGUGCUGACUUGCUGCAAAGUUUACGCAGCAUAACGUCUGCUAACGUCAGCAGCAGACAGAACGAGGCGGUGUCAGGCACCAUCCCUUUGGUAGUGUGUGGGGACUUUAACGCAGAACCCUCAGAAGAUGUUUACCGGCGCUUCAGCUCCUCCACUCUAGGCCUGAACUCCGCAUACAAGCUGCUUAGCUGUGAUGGGCAGACAGAGCCAGCCUAUACCACGUGGAAGAUCCGCCCCUCCGGAGAGAGCUGCAGCACUCUGGACUAUAUCUGGUAUACCCAUGAUGCUUUGAGUGUUGAGUGCCUGUUGGACAUUCCCACAGAGGAGCAGAUCGGCCCAGACCGCCUCCCCUCCUACCACUACCCCUCUGACCAUCUAUCACUGCUCUGUGACAUCAGCUUCAGGGAGGAGCCCCAUAGAUUGAUGUAGGCUGCCAAUGACAGCAGCAGGCCUGGACCAAUAGGAGGACUGAGUGAGUGGACUGUUUGAAACAAACUCAGUGUUUACUGUAAGUAAGGAAAGUGAACUUGAUAUCUAUCAGACUGAGUUGUGGCAGGGGAAAUCUGACUGGAGUGCGAAGAAUUUGCAAUAAUGAGACACAAACCACUUUCUGUAAUGUUAUUAUUUUAAAGAUAGUUUUGAUGUGGAAUAUUAGAAGAAGUGAAAUGAGACAUUGUAACAUCAUUUCUGAUGGAGAGGAUACUUCUAGUAAUAGCAAUACAUUUGGAUUUGAUCCGUUGACUUGUGUCAAGGUGGGUCAAUCCCCAUGUUACUGUUUUUUUUUUAAGCCAUUUAACUAAACACUGUGUUUCUUUAACUGAACUUCAGCUGAAAUGGCAGGUUCAUCUGCUGAAGUUUGCACACUGAAAACCAACUGCAGUACGACUUUUAUCAUUUAUUUAAUUAUUUUAUUCCUUUAACAGUUGAUUAUACCAUAAUCAACAGUUUUUCCUAUAGUGUUUUUAAAUUAAUUAUUUUGCAUUGAAGUAAUCCUCCCUGGUCCCUCACACAGACUGUAUAUAAAGAUGGAUGACAAGUCUCCUCCUCCCCACAAAAAUGAAGCAGAAAUAUCUUGGAUACAGGUGCUGCCAUCUUGUGCUGGUGAUGUCAUUUGGAGGCAAGCGAGUGGGAGUGGAGCUGCUAUAUUGAGGCCCUGGCCAACAUAAACACGAGUCAAUCACAGCUGUCAAUCAUAAUGUUACACCCCCUUUUUAUAGCAUCAAAUAACUUAUUAAAACCAAACUGAUGAGAAAAACAAACACUUGAAUAAACACUUAUCACUGUGAUAAGACCAUCAUUGGGAAAAAAUGUAUUUGACGUGUACUUUGAUCUUUCAGUUCAACCCAUGUCUGCUAACAUGGAGGGGGCGGGGUUUAUGACCAAUACUGCAGCCAACCACCAGGAGGAAGCAAUCCAGAUGUUUUGGCUUCACUUUUGGGGAGCUGUCAUCUCGUCCAUCUUUAUAUACAGAUGGUGGUCUCUCAGUUUGACAUUGCUUAUCAUGACAGUGUUGUUGCUGUGACUACUGUGAACAUGAGGAGAAAUGUUAGUAUAUGAAAUAAAGUAAUUAUUUUUUCUCUUA